CUUUAAUGAGUAACUCCGUAAACCAUGGAGCUUAACCGGACUCGGCCUCAGCACCGGGCUGUGCGGGCUUAGCGGAGCUCCAAACUUCGGUCAUUUAACUAUGGAGGCUGAGAGGAAGCGGCCAGCAGCAUAAAGUCAGUUGACGACGCGCUCUGUGGCAGACGGAGGAAUGGACGCGCUGAGAGCUGGCCCUCAGGACUGACUCUCCCGCCUCCAUGUCACCCUCCUCUCCGUGCCAGAUGCCAGCGCGGGGCGACGGGGGCUACAAGCCGGCGCCGGUGUCCCCUGCUCCGCCCGUCCCGCCUAGGAGGGUCCGGAGCCGGGACAGGGGCUCGGGCAGGACGCGGCGGUCCGGGGCAGGGUCAGCGGGAGCCGGGGCGGCGGAGAGGCGGGUGAAGUGUGUGCUGGUGGGGGACGGAGCCGUGGGGAAGACCAGCCUGGUGGUCAGCUACACCACCAACGGCUACCCCACCGAGUACGUCCCCACGGCGUUUGACAACUUCUCAGCGGUGGUAUCAGUGGAUGGGCAACCGGUCAAACUACAACUCUGUGACACAGCUGGACAGGAUGAGUUUGACAAGCUGCGUCCUCUGUGCUACACCAGUGCAGAUGUGUUCCUGCUGUGCUUCAGUGUCGUCAGUCCCGCUUCUUUCCAGAACGUUCCUGAGAAAUGGGUUCCAGAAAUCAGGAAGCACGCCCCAUGCUCUCCACUCGUCCUUGUUGGGACACAGUGUGACCUCCGAGAGGAUGUCAAGAUUCUCAUUGACCUGGCUAAAUACAGAGAGCGGCCUGUGGACCCAGCAGAUGCUCGGGACUGUGCGAUGGAGAUCGGAGCUGUCGCCUACAUGGAGUGCUCCUCUCUGACCCAAAAAAAUCUCAAGGAGGUGUUUGACACGGCCAUACUGGCCAGCCUGCAGAACUACAGCUCCCAUAAGCACCCGAGAGGGAAACAAAAACGCAGAAAAAAGCAGCGGCAGACACCGGACAAGAUGAAGAGCCUAUCAAAGUCAUGGUGGAAAAGGUACUGCUGUGUGGCCUAGAGCAGACCUGGGAUGAGUUUGGUGUUGGUUGGGGUCUAAGACUCUGAUCCUCGGUUGACUUUAUCCUCGUCUGGAUUCAACUGUGUUUGAGUCUGGACAGAAGUAAGACUGUCACGGAUGUAAAACGUUUUUGUUCUUCUUCUUAUUGUGGAUGAGAUUUAACUACUGAGCCUCCAGUAUGACCCCUUUCGCAGGAGGAGAUUCUUCUACGUCUCCUGAAAUGAAACUGGUACGAACCAGUACUAUCCUGUGACUCACAGGAGAUGUGAUAAUAUUGUUUAGGAUUAGACUGGUCCAGAUUGGAACAGGAGCGUGGAAUUGUGUUUACUCUGGGCUUCUGGUAAAAUCCUUCCCAACCUAUUCUGGAUUUAUGCAGCCUUGUUAUGUAGCCUGGAAGGGAACCGGACUGUCUGAAGAAUAUAAUUGUUAUUAUUGCUGACCUAAAUGCAACUGCAUGCAAUCUUAGUUGUUUUUUUUUUGUUUUUUUUUAAACUUGCUUCUAACUUUAGCCCGGUUUCAAAUACCCAUGAUUAGAAAGAACUGCUGACUGAAAUAGAACUCAGACCAAACUUUGUCAUUUUCGAUUUUCUGACCCAGACAUGAUCACCGGACAUAAUUAAAGUUCAUUUUAGAGCUGCUUUUUAUAUGUGGGGCCAUUGUUAGUCUAAUCAAAAACAUAUUUUAUUAAGCUGUUAAUGAUUUUAUCCUGAUCACAUGAACAGUUUGUUGUGGCACCUAUGAAAUUAGUCUGUAACCUGGAUCACUGUUUACCUUUUAUUUCAGUCUUGAUCUGAUCAGUUUAUAGAGUUUGGUCUGGCUUGGACUGUGGUGUGGUUUCCUCCGUGUCCUGACAGGGAAUUUGUUUGGUGAGGCCAAAGUCCUCAUAGGCCUUAUGGGCUUAUAACGUCACUGGUGAGGAUAAGGCUUUUGCUGCAGCUCACAAAAUAUCUAAUUUAGAACAGAACUAAUGCCCAGGGUGAAAAAUCCAUUGUUGACUUGAUCAAAAGUGAAAUUUCCCAAAAAUAACUGGACGAUAAAACCUAUUACACAUUUUAGCACAACAUAACUGUAGCAAAUGAUGCCGAACAAUAAAGCACGUCUGAGCUGUUUGAAUAUCCACGUGAUAAAAACACAAGCAUUGUUCAGUAUUUUUCCUCAGAAACACACAAAGUGUAUCCAGAUUCAGAGACCCACUUUGGGUUUUCAUCGGUGGCCGUGGUAGUUUAUCAUCAUCUUCUAUCCCACGCUAGCGCUAAAGAACUGUACAGUCUGUGAAAACGGAGUGGUACAAAUGUGGUUAGGUUAAAUAUAAGUCUUUGUACUGUGGUGGUGCAUUGUUGUCUGGCUAGCACUUGACCUUAAUCUGGCAGGAGGACAUUUUGUAAUUCAUGAUCACAUUGUUCCACACAAACCACAUUUUUGCUCAGUAGCGUAACCAGGUAGCUUCACUACAGAUUCUUUUCACAUGAAAAUAUAAAAUGUGCUUUUAAACACCGAUGCUUGAACUUGAAAUCCUGACAACCAGUAACUUAAAAGACAAAGGUUUCAGAUAUUUGGACUGCUUGAUAUGAGUUUGAUUUACCUUUGCAGACACACAACAGCCUUAAGUCGGAGCACUUCACGGAAUUAGAUGAACAAAGUGCUCUUUGCAUGUGUUUAAUUUACAAAAACAACUGAGCUGUUGUGGAGGUUCGCAGCAGGAAAAUGAUCUGAACAAACUGGAGUUGAGUUUAGCUUUUCAGGGCAAUUGUCUAUUUAAGAUUGUGAGGUUUGAUUCUUGUAUUAUUGUGAUUUUAUUUUUUUUAAAUAUAGUUACAAGCUAUAGCUUAAUACAUGUUUGUCGCUCUGCAUUUGUUCUGCAUCCGUACUGCUUUAAUACUAAAGAGGCGUCCACUGUCCAGACUACAGUACGUGUUCUGUUUGCUCUGUUAGCUCUGCAGCCUUAAGUGGAUUAAGUCGUAUAUGUUGUAAAGCAGAAAUCAAAAACAGCAAACUGACACACAAUAUGUGUGACUGCCAAACACUGAGCUGCCACACCUUCCUUUGUAUAUUGUAGCUACUAAACCAAGAGCACAUCUCAGUAAUAUCUGUUGUAUUUCUCUACUGUGCCCACAUCUGAAUGGCUCUUUGUAUUAGCAGCAGAGAGUAAAAGGGUGCAACCAGACCGUUAUGGACUCUGAAUGGAUCUGCCCUGAUUUAGUGCAUUUAAAGCUUAAGUGUUCAUAAUGAUCAGACGUAAACACUAAAAACGGAUUUUCACUUUUUUUUUUCUUUUAGCCCAGUGGCAAAUUCGACCAUCAUCUGACUAGUAACCCAAAGUUUAAAAGAAAAGGUCAAAAUGUCAAAGUUCAGGGUCUUCCCAUUACUCACAAGAUUGCAUUUGACAGUUAAUAUCCUGGUGCUUUUGUUGCAGGUGAUUCACACCACUGGCCUUAACAACAACAACAACAACAACAGCAGCUGGGGGGUGUUUCAGUAAAUCUUGGGCUGAUGAUGAGGAUUAACUCAUUUUCUCAAUGUGUGAAAUGACAGGUAGCCCAGAGCUAAGGAUGCUGUAACUAACAGGUGUCUUCGCUUAUUAAAUGUGACAAUGUUGAGAAAGUAAAGCAGUUUUUAUGACCCUUUUUUCUCCUAACCUCCCGAGAGCAAACUAGCGCCACAUUCUCUUGUGUGUAGUCCUUUAUCUGCUGCUGUGGAAUCAAGUGAGCUGUGUUGUGCCUGAGAAAUUUAACCAUUUGAAUUCUGUCACUAAAGAUGUUUGGUAGGUAAGAAGUGUUUAUUUUAACAUUAAGUUUAGUCUGACAAACUAAAACUUGACUCGCUGUUUGACAUCCACAUCGUCUUUUCCAAGGCAACUGACAAUUUGUGGACUUUCGUGGAAGAUUCUCACCCAGUUACUUAUCUACUCUCUUUAAAGCUUUUAUAUUAAUCUCUCCUGUAAACAACUGUGCAGUGCUGCUCUCUGUAACAAACCUGACAAAAACGAGUUAAGCCGUAAAGCCGUGACUUACUGGAGCUGCGUGGUAGUUUUUCUGCUGAAGAUGUUACAGCUGCAGCUGAAUGGCUUCACUGUGUCCAUGUUUUACUCUUGAUAGCAUAUGCAUUGUUUCUUGCAGUGGAAAAGGCAUAAUAGGUUACUUGUCCUGCUGUUUGUGUGUAGUCUUGGCCGAUGGUGGAGUUAAGUAUGCUAAAGGUCAUGCAGACUCUUAUGAUAGCUGGCAUUUCCUCUGUCAGGUUUUACCUUCUGACAUGUUAGAUUUAUGGACGGUGGUAGUUUUGUGCUGCUGCUGCAUGCGAUCUGAGUCUUUGUCGUGGUUAUUUGUUCCAGUUUAUUUGCAUUAAAACAGUACGGAGAGCUUGUUGUGCAGCAAGUCCAUCAAAUAGACGCUAUCUUACGCGUGUCUGAUAAGGAUUUGAGGAUGAUUCGGUUCUGUUUUGGUUAUCUAACCUGUGCUGGCUGAUAAAUUAGUGAUUUCCCCUAAAGCAAGUCAGCAGCAGCCCCUGUGGUCACAAGUGAUAUUUGUUGUAUGCUGACACACAGUUUCACAGUAACACAAGUAGAGAGGAGCCGUAAAGCCAGUUUACUGACUUGUUAAUGUUACAUAGCUGAAGUUAGCAAACAUUAAGAACUAAUGGUUACACCAGAGUGUGGCAAUAAAACCCCAGAGUGUGUUCAUUAUGGUGUAAUGAUGCCUGCUUUUGUUUAGAAAUGAAACUUUUAAGACUGUGUUGUGAAAAGUUUGAUUUUGAUUUGAGCGUCCUGUAAGGCUGAGGUAUGGCUGUGUGACGUUGAACAGAUGGAUCUCUGAAAGUGAAUAACAGUGAGUGAGGGCAGACGGAAGAGACGUGAUGGCGACUGUCCUCCAGGUGGACAGGAUGGUGCUGAAGGUCAGACAGAAAUGUUCAGAAUAGGUGCAAAGGGAAGUUUACUUUUGUUAUUGAACUCUAAAAGUCUGAGAUGCUGUUUGAAAGACUAGUUAUUAUGAAUGAUUUGGUGUUGGAACGGGCUUCCAUAGCGCCAGAAGUGCAUUGAAUAUUAUCUGUACUACUUAAUGAGUGUUACUGGGUAGAAAUGAAGACGUCCAUUACAAACUGUCCUCUUCCUACUGUAGGCAAAUCAGUUUAUGCACAUUCAGACCUAACUGGGAACUGAAUUCCUAUGCUGGCCUACUUCUUGAUUGCACAAGACUGUCCCAUAAAGCCCUGAGAGUUUAAACAGAAGCAGUGGGGAGGUGAACAUAAAUAGUCCUGUCUUGAGAUUUGUUUGUUUUACUGAUGCCCCCUAAACGCACACCUGAGCUCCCUCACGUGGGACACCAGCUGAGAGCUCCUCUUAGCGAACCGACCCCCUGAUCCUGUGUGAAACGUCGCCGUGUUUUCAUUUUCCCCGCAUGUAAAAACAUUCUAACAGAUAAUGUGCCGCUGCAAUCUGCUCACAGUGAAUUCUCUGUUCGACUGGAGGCGUCAGUCAAAGGAGGAUGUGUUUGUACAGACGUUUUAUACCCUGAGAAAUAAAGGAUAUUUGGUAUAAUA